AUGCCUCCCCAGACUUUUCGAUUCAACUCUACGAUGAGAAAUACGAACGUCCAGUUACAGGAUGAGAAGGCCGCUCCCGUAGUUUCGGCUGGAAUUUUCGACCCGCCGACAAAUCCCGUUUUCAUCGCUCCGCAGCGAAAAACCCAAAGACCAUCUAUCCGCCCUCUCCAAACCACACCAAGAAGAAAUCCUCCAAAAGGAAACGCGGAAAUGCGCUCCAGUUCAUCGACAAGACCGGAAGUUUCUGUUCCUCUUCAUGUUUCGAACUUGUUAGAAGCGACGGCAAUUCCGGUGCCGCGGACUUGGGCUGGUCGGAAACAGCGUCGUUUGUUGGACUAUAACAAUGCAGAAUAUCUGGGUGGCUUGUUUGCGGAGGGUAUAGCAGGAAACGAGUCUGGCAGAAUGGUUCGAGCAUCAAGAAAAUCCUCUCUCCACGUUCUUUUGAGCCCUCCAAACGAAUUGGCGGAUGACGAGAGCAACCUCCCGGCCGGAUCAGAGACUCCGGAUUCAGUAGAAUCCUUAUCGCUGGACUCUGUUCCUUCUUUAGAUAAUGAUGAUGAUGUUCCCACCCCAUUCAGUGACCCGGCAACUCCAUAUUUUCCCACUCAACGAUUGCCGUUUGUUCGGAAACAGCGUCUGUUCUCGCCCUGUGAAGCCUGCCCUCAGGACCACCCACUCCUUUCUUCGUCUAUACCAGAUAAUCACAUACACAUCGAUGAGACUCCCACAAAGCUACCAGCAUAUGGCUCAAACUCCUUCCGCUCUCUUCCAAAACUUGGAGCAACAGUCAAGUCAAACCUCACAGCCUCACUUCGAGCACUCAGAUCCGCCGCCCAAAGCGUCUCGAAUUUCACAGCCCCCUCAGUCCGUUCCGAAGAUUUUCUGACGCGAUCCUUCUUCUCCUUUUCUCCCGAGCUAACCGACGAUAAACAUCCUGUUCCAAUGAAGAACCCCCCUUCACCGGCACUCCGUCGCUAUUUAAACCCCUUGACCAUCUCCGCAGCUGAUAUUCACAUCUACAGCGAAUCCCCGCGAGGAACUCCCGUCCAACCGCUCAGAUGCACAGCCUCCAUUCAAAUGCAGACAUACAGCUCUCCAGUGGUCAAUAAAGUGCGCAGAAAUCGCCCGUUUCUUAAUCCGACAGGCGCAGAUGGCUCGCACGCUGAGAAUAGCGAUGAAUACAACGACUCUGACUACCAAGACGAGGAAGGCGAAGAAGACCCUCCACAAUCCCCGGCUCACCGCCAGCGCGAGCCCAGAGAGAACGGCGAUUUCCUCCGCAUGGUCGUCUUAGAAAUGAACAUGCGGCGUCGUGGUAAACUUCGAAGUGAUAUCCCCGGUCGAGCCAAAGUCUGGCUUCCGCCGAGGAAGACGGUGGUGUCGUCAUCGCCAUCAUCAUCUGCUGUGACUGUUUAUAUGAGUGCAGGUGGUGGUGGUGGUGGUGGAUGCGCUGGCUGCAAGAUUCCACGAAGGUGGAUUGCAGUAUCUGCAGAUGAAUUAUGUUGA